AUGUCAGUGUCACACCCAAUACCUACGAAUGAUCUGACUCCUGAGAGUGUCAAACGCAUCGAACUGAAUAGGCUGAAGGCGAAAGCUAGGCUUAGGGAGUCGGAAGCUACCAAAGCGUCCACCUCUUCCUCGCGGAAUGCCAAUAACAAACGGCCUUUGCAAGUAACACUUGCCACUUCUAAGUCUCCUACUGCACCUUCCAAGCAGCCUGCGCUGGUGAAGGACAGCCGGUUCGGUAACUACUUUGAAUAUGACUUGUCCAAGAUGGUCAAUUCGAAAGGUGGAUUCCUCAUCGAGGACCACGAGAAAAUAGACGAAAGAACCAAGAAGCUAGAGGAACAGCGUGCUGCGCAGCGAUCGGCGCAGAAACUUGAUCCUCCAAUAUCAUUCGAUCCCUCCAUGAAUCUUAAAUGCAAAGAAUGUCGUUCUACGGACAUCGAUUAUACAUUUAAGCGCGUAUUUGGCGUUCUAGUGUGUGAGAAAUGUAAGGUCGAAAAGCCAGAAAUGUACAGUCUCCUCACAAAGACAGAGUGCAAGGAGGACUAUUUACUGACUGACCCCGAGCUCCGAGACCACGAAAUUCUGCCUCACCUCCUCAAAGCAAACCCACACAAGUCGACAUGGAACAACAUGAUGCUAUUUGUUAGAUUCCAAGUGGAGGAAUUUGCAUUCAAGAAAUGGGGCGGUCCAGAAGGACUGGAUGCCGAAUGGGAACGACGGACUGCCGAAGCUAAGAAACGGAAGGGCAAAAAAUUCGCACAGAGCCUUCAAGAAUUGAGACGGAAGACUCGGGAGAGUGUGUGGCAGAUGAGGAAAGACGAGGAGCACAGACAUGAGUUUGGCGCAACGGAGGUGCGCGAGGACGGGAGUGGGAUUCAACGAUGCGUUGAAUGCGGGUUUGAGAUCGAGGUUGAAGAGUUUUGAAUGACUAUACGUACGGAUUCGUGU